AUGUCAAAAAGCCUUCCUUUUAAAUUUUUCUUCACUUUAUUUAUUUUUUGCUCAUUUUAUGCUUCAGUUACUCCUAAAGAACAACAUUUUUCUGAAUGGCCAGAAGAAAGUAGUAGUAAAAGUAUUGCUUCAGUUGCUGAAAUGCCUAGAGAAGACAUUACUUUAUUCUUUCAACGACUAGCGUCAGGGCAUGUUGGAACAACCACCAGAAACUUUCGUUACGGACAACGAAACAUUGAAAGAAGUGAAGAAGGGAAAUCUUCCAAAAGGAGAAAAAUUAUUGUUCGCCCUCUUGUAAACGCUGUCCUUCACGGGAGUGCUUCUACUUCCCUGCCUAACACAAAAAUUUCAAUAACAAAUACCCCUCCAACAACCUCAACAAAAACAACAACAAUAUUACCCUCAUCUUCAACCAAAAAUUUAAAAGAAACAUCAAAAAAUGAAAGAAAAAUUGCCAAAAGUUUGAGAGAAAUGGGGUGGAUUGUAUUUAUUGUAAUUAUUGGGGUAUUCUUCUCGUUGGCUACAACGAUUGGGAAUGCUCUAGUUAUGCUUUCAAUAUGUGUGGAUAAAAAAUUACAAACAAUUUCCAAUUAUUUUCUUUUCUCGCUAGCUGUAGCUGACCUUACUAUUGGGCUUAUUUCCAUCCCUCUUAUGACCUUGUAUACGGCAAACGAGACUUGGACGUUUGGAUAUUCUCUUUGCCAAUUUUGGCUCUGCAUCGAUUAUUUAAUGUGCAAUGCUUCAGCUCUCAAUUUGUUGUUAAUUAGCUUUGAUAGAUACUUUUCUGUUACUCGUCCUCUUACUUACAGACCAAAGAGAACAACAAGAAAAGCUUUAAUUAUGAUUUCGUGUACCUAUACAAUAUCCCUUUUAUUAUGGCCUCCCUGGAUAGUUUUAUGGCCAUAUAUGGAAGGCCGUUUUAUUGUUGAAGAAAGUUCUUUAUGUGUUGUUCAGUUUUUGGUAUUGGGUGAUACUAGAACUUGGCAAAAUCAAUUAGCAACCUUGUUCACGUCUGCGGCAGCUUUUUACAUUCCAGUAACUCUAAUGAUUGUUCUUUACUAUAAAGUUUAUUUGGAAACACGCAGGCGCCGAAAGGAGUUGAGGAAAUUACAGGCUGGACAACAACAAGUAAAUUUUGUUUUAUUAAUUAAUUUUUUUAUUCUUCUCAUAUCUCUUCCUAACAAUUUUUUUUUGAUUUUUGCAAUUUUACCCUUUGUGCUUUUUUUUCUGCAAUUUAAAAAUUAA